UGUGGUGUUCUGUGGAUUUUGACAGACAUGAUUGUGUAAAUUUUUGGUAAAUGUGUUAUUUUUCUGUUUUCUAGAUCUACAGACCUUUAAUUCUGAAUUCUUACAACACCAGAUAGAAGUCAGCCCUGCCAAUUACCCUGUUGGUGUCAUUGAUCCAAAUAUUGACUGCUUUUCUUUCACAAAAUUCCUCAGGGAUGGAUCAAAAUUUACUAAAUGUGCUUGAAGUCACAGGUUCCUUUGACUUGAUGUCUUCUAGAUCUUAUUUGUUGUCAUAGGACAGCCAUGUCUUCUCUGCCUGGCUCCAUUUUCAGAAUUUACAUUCUCAUAGAAACUGUAUUUUGGCCAAAAAUUGAGAAGACCUACCUUUUUCUUACUUUUUUCAUACCUUUUAAGAAGUAGCAGAACUCGUUUUUCAAGCGAUUUUUCGCAUCUCACGCCUUCCCCAGCCUGUAAGCCCAACUCAGGAAUUUGUGUCACAAAGGAAACCUGAUGCAACCUCUUCAGAUCCUUCCCCGCCGAUUACUUUAUGGGCUAUACUGUGGACUGAAAUCUCAAGCCUCCUCUGGAACCCGGAUUUGCCCAACAAUGGCUCGACCAAGUUCAAAUAUGGCUGAUUUUCGGAAGCUUUUUGCGAAAGCAAAGCACAUAGUCAUCCUUUCAGGGGCUGGCGUUAGUGCUGAGAGCGGAGUCCCGACUUUCCGAGGAGCCGGGGGCUACUGGAGAAGAUGGCAAGCUCAGGAUCUGGCCACCCCGCAGGCCUUUGCACGAAACCCUUCCCUGGUGUGGGAGUUCUACCACUACCGGCGGGAGGUCAUGCUGAGCAAGGAGCCGAACCCGGGGCACCUUGCCAUUGCUGAAUGUGAGGCCCGGCUGCACGAGCAGGGCCGACGGGUCAUGGUCAUCACUCAGAACAUCGAUGAGCUGCACCGCAGGGCUGGCACCAAAAACCUUCUGGAAAUCCAUGGUAGCUUAUUUAAAACCCGCUGUACCUCUUGUGGCAUUGUGGCUGAGAAUUACAAGAGUCCCAUUUGUGCGGCUUUAUCAGGGAAAGGUGCUCCAGACCCGGAAGCUCAAGAUGCCAGAAUCCCAGUGGAGAAACUUCCCCGGUGCGAAGAGGCUGGGUGCGGGGGUCUGCUGCGACCCCACGUGGUGUGGUUUGGAGAAAACCUGGAUCCUGCCAUUCUGGAAGAGGUUGACAGAGAGCUGACCCUCUGCGACUUGUGUCUAGUGGUGGGAACUUCCUCCGUGGUUUAUCCUGCCGCCAUGUUCGCGCCCCAGGUGUCUGCCCGGGGAGUGCCAGUGGCCGAAUUCAACAUGGAAACCACCCCAGCCACCAACAGAUUCAGGUUCCAUUUCCAGGGGCCAUGUGGUACUACUCUUCCCGAAGCCCUUGCUCCUCAUGAAACUGAAAAUGCUUCUUAGUUGCCCUGCGGAAAGAAGAAAUCGUAGUAUCUAGUACUAAGUACCUGGCCACAGACAAGAGGAGAACCAAUCGUGGGACGGUGAGCUAAAUACUGGAAGAUCUCAGAAUACCCUCCAAUUCCCUGGCUGGAAUCCCACCUGAUGAUAAGUGAUGGGGGCCUAGAAGCAACAAUAGCGAACACUCUUAGAAGUCAGCAAACCGUCAAGUUAAUACGUCUUGUUUUGCGUGGGCUUAAGCAUAAGAUAUCUCAUGGGUGUUUGGUUGGUCCUGGAAAGGGAAGAUUUUUUGUAAUUAGAUUAUCUUUUAAAAAAAGUAAUUAUCCUGCUUGAAUUGUUGCCAUCUAGACACAGAGAGAAGAAGAGGGCUAAAACCUUGGUAUUUCUGAUUUUUGCCAAAUUUUGGCAGAAAAUAAAAUUACUCUCUAUA